AAAGUCAAGAUCUAUGAUUACUUCACUAUUCAGAGGAGAUAUGCCCAUCCUCUGGGCUAAAACAAUACAGUGAUGUAUGGUUCAGUGGUUUCGGAGACAGCGAAAAGUUAAGGUACACUGUCCUUGGGGCCGAUUUUGAAAGAUGAAAGUGAUAAAUAUAUUCAGUUAGCAAUAUUUCACCUCAUUAGAACAUACAAAGUUUCAUAUACACCCUAGUCGAGAGGAUAGUACACAUACAGCUUCAUAGUCGCUUUAAAGUGGGAUUCUGGUGGAAAAGUAUUUAAUUGACAAAAAGGAGCAUACAAAUUAAGAAUUACAUUACUACAUCUUGGAAGAGUGAAAUGAAAAGAUAAAUUUUGUGAAAAUAAGUUUCUUUUUGGAUUUAUGAACAAUGGAUCAACGUCCAGAAUGGAUAGAUCGGUUCAGGAGUGACACACUUCCAAGAGCACACACUGAUGACGAUUAUUGGAGAUCAUCUUCGACGCCAACACGGUACCAAGAAAACCAGUAUGAUCAUGCAUUUGGGGGAGGAGGUGGAGGAGGCGGAGGGGGAGGAGGAGGAGGAUUACACAGACAUGAAAAAAGACAUCAUCAUUCUCAUCACAAUAGUAGCCGUGCCGUCGACGGUGACGGGGUAGAUGGUUACGGAAAUUCUACAAGUAAUUCCACAUUAAACAGUCGGAAAUCCUUACGUGGCUCUGAUAAAAAGAGACAGAGAAAGUGUGGAUUAGUUAUUUUAUUAUUAUUAGGUGCUUUGUUAGUUGCUUUCGGGAUUGGACUCUUAGUGUAUUUCUUAUUACUAGAUUCGGCAGGUAUUACAACUUCAGCACAAACAGAUCCCAAUUCAGCCAGUGUAUCAGUUCCUGUUUAUAAUGAGACAUAUUUAUCUUCUAUGAGCAAUUCAUCAUCAGCUGACUUUAAAAGAAUUGCUCAUCCAUUUUGUAAUGAGGUUGAUGGGUAUUUUAUGAAAAGUGCAUUGGGGGAACGAUACAAAAGAUGUGUUGUUAAAGAAAUUACAGCUAAUACACAACCCAUCAACUGCAAGUGUUCAGGCCUCAUCAAUCUAGCGUCUGGGAAGUCCAUCAAUGUCAAGUUUGAUCUUGGAUUUGUUGGGGAUGUCUCAGAUGCUGAAAUCUUGGCCAUCAUCAGAGAAAAAGCACAGAAAAAGAUUAAAGAUGGAUUUGAGCUGUCAUAUAUUAAAGACUUUUUGGUUAAUGUGCAAACUAAAACAGAAACAACAACAAAAAUUCCUGACUAUGGAAUAAUAGAUGCAACCAUAGCAAAUUUGGACGUAAAGGUGUUUAACCUGACCUGGGUCCAAGAGCUGACAGAUAAUACAACAUAUGACUUUUUACGUCAUGCUGAACCAUUUUGUGCAGAUCUUGAUGCCAUAUUUAAAGACAGUGUUCUUAAAGACAAGUAUUACAGUUGUCGGGUUAUUCAGUUCAGGAAUGGUCAACACAAUUAUGUCACAGUACAACUCAGGUUCCAAGGAUUGUCAUCUCCGGGAAUGAAGGAACUAGUUCUAAAUAUUAUAAAAGACAGAGCUAAAAGAAUUAUGGUAAACCAAAAGGAGUUACGAAUGAUAGGAACCCUUCUGAUUGAACCUGUUAGUGCUUCAUUAGAUAUUAUAAAUGGUACAAUUGACCUAGAUCCAUCACCAACUCCGCCUGUAAGGCCAACACCCAGCCUUCCUCCAGACACACGUAUGUUGUUAGCUGAAGUAACAGUAUACAUAUAUAACCUGACAUGGAAUGAUGGCCUGAAGUCUCUAUCACCGGGUUCACCUGCCUCAAGUUUAGCAUUCAGAUUCUGUAAAGAUAUGGAAAGAUUUCAUAAUAAUGAUCCUGCAUACAAAGGAUGCAAAAUGUUACAGUUCAUAUCACCAGAUCCAAGUAAAAGUUACACUAAAGCUAGGUUUCAGUUGCAGUACUCCUACCCAUACACAUUUACAGCCGAUAAAGUUGUGUCACUCAUCAAGACCAAUGCACCAGGACCUUAUAUGAAACCUGAUCUGGAUGCCUCAGGACAGAACCUAGGCACAUGGCUAGUAGGGGACUUAUUGGUCAUAUUAGAAGGUGUCCAGACAGCUGUGGACCUGACCACUAGUGUUACUAUCAUGCCACACACCACUGCUAGUCCAUUGAUAACAGGAAGUAUUGUAACAUCUACUGUAUAUGUAGGUCAAGGAACACCAUCACUGCCACCAGCCACCAUUGGAGGAACAACCACAGUCUAUGUUCUCUAUGAUUCUACACAUGCCAAUCUGACCUAUGGGUUGUAUGAUUUCCAGUGGACACCAGAUCUUAUGGACAAAACUUCUUAUCAGUUUGCUAAUCUUCAAAGAGACUUUUGUGAUGAUUUGCAGGCCUAUUUUAGUGUAUCCAACCUUCAAGGUCAUCUUAAAGAGUGUAUGAUAGAUAACUUCAAUAAAUUUCCGACCAAUGUGAACUUUCACCUUAUUUUCGACACCCCAUACGGUCAAUACCUAAAGGACAAUAUGACUCAGGUAUUACGAGAUAUAGCUCCUCAUAACAGGAAGGGAAGCUUUGAUCUGAUUGAUGUUGGUGAUCUCAAGCUGAUAUGGGGUCGAGGUGAUUCCUUCAUAAUCCCUACAAACUAUACGAUGUCUGCCACAGCCACUAUACCACCAUGGGUAACCACAUCACCUCCUGUUAUACCGUAUUCUGCUACACGACAUGAAUACAUAUGUCACUUAUACAACAAAACCUUGCCACAGGAAUACUCAGAUCCUACUACCUACAUGUUUAAUCAACAACAAGAAAACAUGUGUAAAGAUGUGGUCCGUCUGUUCAAUCAGACUGCAUUCCAGUCAGAAUAUUUAAAAUGUGAGCUGAAUGAUUUCGGAUUCGCAGUACCUAAGACAAUUAAAUUCAGCACAUACCAUGCAGCUGCUUUGAGUCAAAACUAUGCACAAUUAGUUUUGGAAGCACUACAGAACAAAGCUCCUAAAGCCUAUCUAGAAGGAGAUAAUUAUUUCCGAUUAGGGAACCUAUUACUUGGAACGGGAACCUGUCAGAUUACAGUCCAUGCUAGCAAUUAUACAUUUGAAUAUUCCAGGACUAUUGGACCAUCCAUUACAGCUACCGCUGGACCUACAACCUCAUACACACUGGUUCCUUGUAUGGCCAAUCCAUGUGCCAAUGGUGGUAUUUGUAUGGGUAACAGUGUGGGAGGAUACAUUUGUCAAUGUCCAAUAGGAUUUACAGGCACUAACUGUCAAGAAGAUGUAAAUGAAUGUGUUGUCAACUUGUGUCAGAAUGGAGGAUCUUGUGUGAACACAUUUGGAGGAUACUAUUGUAAAUGUCCGACAGGGUGGUCAGGAUCUCAUUGUGAUAUGGAUUUCAACGAAUGCCAGAAUCCUAAUCAGUGUCUCUAUGGGGGCACAUGUGUAAACACACCAGGGUCAUACUUAUGUAUGUGUGUCAAUGGCAGAUCUGGAACCAAUUGUGAAUUAGAUAUAAAUGAAUGUUUACAAUUUGGAAUCUGUCAGAAUGAAGGAGCAUGUGUAAACAGACCUGGUGAUUUCUUCUGCUCAUGUAAACCAGGAUGGACUGGCACUCUGUGUGACAUUGAUUUGAAUGAAUGCAAGGUUAAUAUCUGCCAACAUGGAGGUUCCUGUAUGAAUACUCUUGGGUCAUUCAAAUGUCAAUGUCCCCCUGGUUGGACUGGACAGUACUGUGAACGAGAUAUAAUGGAGUGUGUGGAAUACCCUGGUAUAUGUUUCAAUGGUGGAUCUUGUAUAAAUCUACAAGGCAGUUAUGAUUGUCGAUGUAUUCAGGGAUGGAUGGGUCAGAACUGUACUACAGAUGUCAUUGAGUGUGCUAUAGAACCUUGCCUGAAUGGUGGUAUUUGUAAGGAGUUACUUGGCGACUAUAAAUGUACUUGCCCACCUGGGUAUAAGGGCAAGAAUUGUGGACUAGAGAUAAACGAAUGUGCUGAGUUUGUUGAUAUUUGUCAUAAACAUGGUCAGUGUAUAAAUACAGUGGGAUCAUACCAGUGUAUCUGUAAUAAUGGAUGGACUGGGGUCAACUGUUCUGUCGAUAUCCCUGAUUGUGUGAAUAAUCCAUGUUUGAACGGUGGAAGUUGUGUAGAUAAUCCGGGCUAUUAUGACUGUAUGUGUCUACCUGGCUUUGAUGGAGUUCAUUGUCAAGAAGACAAGAAGGAAUGUUUGAUGGGCCCAUGUUUGAAUGGUGGGUCUUGUUACGAGACCUUGGGAUCAUAUUACUGUACAUGUCCUGAUGGUUUUGAAGGUCCAAACUGUAAUUUAGACAAAAACGAAUGCUUAGCUAAUCCUUGUCUAAAUAGUGCUACUUGUAACAAUGUGUUUGGUAGCUUCUAUUGUACCUGUACUCCUGGUUUCAAAGGAACACUGUGUGGAACCACUUCCUCGUGGUGUGUUGAACGUCAGCCUUGUCAGAAUGGUGCCCAAUGUAAUGACUUAGUUGGUUCUUACCAAUGUGUAUGUUCUCCUGGUUGGGAGGGAGUUAACUGUCAGAUAGACAAAGAUGAGUGCUUUGCUAAUGUAUGUGGCAUUGAUGCCACAUGUGUCAACACAGUCGGAAGUUUUGUUUGUAGUUGUCCCGAUGGUAGGAGUGGACCAUUCUGUAAAGAAGAUGUGAAUGAAUGUCUGACAAAUCCAUGUGAAAAUAAUGCCAACUGCAGCAACACACCUGGGUCAUACAUGUGUAUCUGUCCUCCAGGAUGGACUGGUGUGAGAUGUAACGUAGAUUACAAUGAAUGUUCAAGUAUGCCAUGUCAAAAUGGAGCUUCUUGUAUCAACAGACCAGGCUUCUAUGAAUGUUUGUGUAGACCGGGUUAUUAUGGCAACAAUUGUGUUUUUGAACGUGAUGAAUGUUCCAACAAUCCCUGUAAAAAUGGUGCCAAGUGUUACAACACACCAGGAUCAUAUACCUGUCUUUGUAACGAGGGAUGGCACGGACAAAACUGCACAAUAAAUACAGAUGAAUGUGCUGUCUUAACAACUCCUUGUUUGUUUGGUGGAUCUUGUAUGGACACUAUGGGAGGAUACAAUUGUAUAUGUCCUCCGGGACGGACUGGUCCAAUUUGUGGAGAUGAUCGAAAUGAAUGUGUGACCAAUCCAUGUAUAAACAAUGGUUCCUGUAUCAAUACUGAUGGUUCUUAUACAUGUAUCUGUCUCCCAGGCUGGGCGGGACAAGAUUGUUCAGGAGAUGAUAAUGAAUGUUUGGGUAUAACACCUGUGUGCUACAAUGGAGGGACCUGUACCAAUACAUUUGGAUCCUUCCUGUGUUCGUGUCCCCCCGGAUGGAAGGGUCCACAGUGUAAUAGAGAUGUGAAUGAGUGUGAGACUGGUAUUAUUUGUAAACAUGGAGGAACAUGUCUGAACCAUCCAGGGUCAUUUACAUGUAACUGUGCUCAAGGUUGGACAGGGACAUACUGUGAAACUGAUUUCAAUGAAUGUGGUUCCAACAACCCAUGUACCAAUGGAGCUUCCUGUAUAAACGUGAAUGGAUCAUUCAGGUGUGAAUGUGUUCCAGGUUUUACAGGAGUUACCUGUUCUGCUGAUUAUCUUGAAUGUAAGGAUGUGACUCCUAUCUGUGAGUACGGUGGCAAGUGUACGGAAACUUUUGGAAGUUACUACUGUGAUUGUCCACCAGGGAGAACGGGAAACAAUUGUGAAAUAGGUAUUGAUGAAUGUUUGACAAGACCAUGUGUUAAUGGAGGUACAUGUGUUGAUACUGAUGUUGGAUUUAAUUGUAUCUGUCCACAAGGUGUCACUGGAAACUUCUGCCAGUUUGAUAUCAACGAAUGUCAGUCCAAUGUCAAUCCCUGCAUGAACGGAGCUUCAUGUAUCAAUAGAGUUGGUUCUUAUUUCUGUCAAUGUCCAUUGGCUUGGAAUGGUAAAAACUGCAACAUAGAUGUAGAUGAAUGUAAGGCUAUAACUAUCCCUUGUCUUCAUGGAGGAACCUGUUACAACACCCUAGGCUCAUACAACUGUCAAUGUAAGAAAGGUUACCAGGGUCCUAUCUGUGCUGAUGACAUUGACGAGUGUUCUUUGGCGGUCAGCGUAUGUUUACAUAAUGGAACUUGUAUUAACACAGAUGGAUCUUAUGUAUGUCAGUGUCCAAUAGCAUGGAACGGGGAUAGUUGUGAAACUGAUACUAAUGAGUGUUCACUGUACAGACCCUGUAGAAAUGGGGGAACCUGUAAUAAUAUUGAGGGGUCUUAUGUUUGUAUGUGCCCACCUGGCUGGACAGGGAAAGACUGUGAAACAGAUCUGAACGAAUGCACACAGUUAAAUGCCCCAUGCAUGAAUGGAGGAACAUGUCUUAAUACCAGAGGGUCAUUUCAAUGUAUCUGUCCACAAGGAUGGACAGGAAAUACAUGUAUGGUUGAUGUUGAUGACUGUGUAUUUAAUCCCUGUCUUCAUGAGGGCACCUGCUUGAAUACACUUGGAUGGUACCAGUGUUUCUGUAAACCUGGAUGGACUGGUCCCCGGUGUGAUGUUGAUAUUGAUGAAUGUUUGGUAAAUCCUUGCAUGAACAAUGGAACCUGUAUAAACAGCUAUGGAUCUUACUACUGCAGAUGUCCUAGUGGAUGGACAGGGGACAACUGUUUGAUGGAUCAAAAUGAAUGUAGUUUAUACAAUCCCUGUAUGAACGGAGCUCAAUGUCUAAAUCUAGCUGGAUCCUAUCAGUGUCGAUGUGCACCUGGAUGGUCAGGAGUUAAUUGUCAAAUAGAUGUAAAUGAGUGUUUCGCUGCAACCAAUCCGUGUUUUAAUGGAGGAUCCUGCGUUAACAAUAUGGGAAGUUACACAUGUUUCUGCACAGAAGGAUGGGAAGGAGCAUUUUGCACUACAGAUAAAAAGGAAUGUAUUUUAUUCCCAAAUAUCUGUAAGAAUGGUGGAAAUUGUAUAGAAAUGGAAGGUUCCUAUAGGUGUGACUGUGCUAAAGGAUGGACUGGUAAACAUUGUGGUAUUGAUGACGAUGAAUGCAAGCUGAUCACAUGUCUAAACAAUGGAAUGUGCAAGAAUACGAACGGAUCUUAUAUCUGUAACUGUGCUGACGGUUGGACAGGAGAUAGCUGUCAGUUUGAUCGUGAUGAAUGUUCUCUAGAUAGGCCUUGUUUGAAUGGAGCUACUUGUACUAAUACCCCUGGGGGUUACGUUUGUAAUUGUGCAGCAGGAUUUUAUGAAAAGAAUUGUCAAAGCGAAUAUAACGAGUGUAGUUCCUUCCCUUGUUUGAAUGGAGCCCAGUGUGUGGACCAUCCAGGAUAUUAUGAAUGUAUUUGUAGACAAGGCUGGCAAGGAACUAGAUGUGACAUAGAUGUCCAAGAAUGCCUGAUACAAAUAGAGAUAUGUAAUUUCCAUGGUAACUGUACUGAUUUAGCUGGUUCAUACAAGUGUGACUGUGAUCCAGGAUGGUUUGGAGAUCAGUGUGGCAAAGACAAAGAUGAAUGCUUACAGAAUCCAUGUGUUAAUGGCGCCACAUGUCUAAAUACUGCUGGAUCCUAUACAUGUCAAUGUGGUCCUGGCUGGACAGGGAAACACUGUGAACUAGAUGUUGACCUGUGUAAAUCUAUUACAUGUUUGAAUGGAGGAUCGUGUGCUGCUGAAAGACUUGGAUCUUAUAGUUGUGUGUGUUUACCUGGAUGGACUGGUCAAUUCUGUGGUACAAAUAUAAAUGAAUGUCUCCAGGUUCCUGCUGUUUGUCAAUUUGGCGGUAUAUGUAAAGAUUUACCAGGGUCUUACGAGUGUAAAUGUGCACAGGGUUACAAAGGUCCAAACUGUGAAGGAUACAUUGAUGAGUGUAAAGAAGGCACAUAUCCAUGUAUGAACGGGGGAACAUGUGUGGACCUACCUCCAGCACAAGGCUUCUAUGAAUGUAUCUGUCCAACUGAAUGGGCGGGACCAAACUGUAAUAAUGAUACGGAUGAGUGCCGCACUAACCCAUGUUUGAACCUUGGCACCUGUGUGAACACCAACGGAGGAUUUACGUGUAACUGUCGGGACGGUUGGACGGGACCUGUGUGUGGAACAGAUUUCAAUGAAUGUUCCCGUAAUCCAUGUAAAAACGCAGGCACCUGUAGUAAUCUUAUAGGAUCUUACAUGUGUCAGUGUGCACCAGGCUGGACAGGUCAAAACUGUGAUGUUGAUAUCAAUGAGUGUAUAAACAAUCCCUGUUUACAUAAUGGCACCUGUCGUAACUUAAUGGGUACUUAUGAAUGUAUAUGUACAACACAAUGGACUGGUAAAAAUUGUGAAGCAGAUUUGAAUGAGUGUUUACAGAUUACAUGUUACAAUGGCGGAACUUGUACAAACUUGAGCGGUUCUUAUAAAUGUAACUGUCCUGAUGGGAAAUACACAGGAGAAUUCUGUGAAUUAGAUGUGGAUGAAUGUGUUACAUUACGACCCUGCAAGAAUGGUGGUUCCUGUUUUAAUUUAAUGGGCUCAUACAGAUGUCAGUGUCCCCAGGGCUGGUAUGGAAAUGACUGUGAACUAGAUCGUAAUGAAUGUGACAGUGUUCCUAGUCCUUGCAGAAAUAGUGGUACAUGCAUCAACAAUGAUGGAUCUUAUACAUGUCUUUGUAAUCAGUUCUGGAAAGGACCAUACUGUGAUAUUGAUAUAAAUGAAUGUUUGGCGGUUGGAAACAAUCCUUGUUCUAACAAUGGUUUAUGUAAGAACACAGACGGUGGUUUCUACUGUGACUGCACUGGUACUGGGUUUGAAGGAGACCGAUGUCUGAUUGAUAAGAAUGAAUGUCUCCUAAAUCCAUGUUUGAAUGAUGGCUCGUGUAUAAACACACCAGGUUCUUAUGUAUGUCAAUGUCUUCUUGGAAGGACUGGUCCAACCUGUGGUAUUGAUGUGGAUGAAUGCCUUACGAGUCCAUGUCAGCAUGAAGGAGUAUGUACCAAUACAAUGGGAUCCUAUAGUUGUCAGUGUACAGAGUACUGGAAAGGAGCAGAAUGUACUAUAGAUGUAAAUGAAUGUGUAGAGAAGAUAAACGUUUGUAUGAAUGGAGGAUUCUGUAUAAAUCUGUCUGGAAACUUUACAUGUCAAUGUGCACCAGGGUUCACUGGACAUAGAUGUGAAAAGGAAAUUGAUGAAUGCUUGUCUUUGAGUGGUAACCCUUGUUUGAAUGGAGGUAAUUGCAUCAAUACAGAAGGAUCUUACAUGUGUCAGUGUCUCCCAGGCUGGACAGGAACAAAUUGUGAUGUUGAUAUAAAUGAAUGUUUUACUCGACCAUGCCAAAAUGGAGGCACAUGUACAAACACACAAGGAUCCUACACAUGUGCAUGUCUGGCUGGCUGGACUGGUCCAAUGUGUGAAAUAGACGUGAAGGAAUGUCUGCAGAGUCCAUGUUCCAAUGGUGCUACAUGUAUCAACAGUGCUGGAUCUUUCUCUUGUCAAUGUCCAACAGGCUGGAGUGGACCUCUCUGUACUAUAGAUAUCAAUGAAUGUGUGAGUUUCCCAUGCCAGAAUGGCGGAACAUGUAACAAUAUACCUGGCGGUUACACAUGUACCUGUCUACCUGGGUAUACAGGGAACAACUGCAUCACUGAUAUUGAUGAAUGUUUAGAAGUAACCUGUUUAAAUAGCGGCUCAUGUAUAAAUACAGCAGGGUCAUUCCAGUGUUUAUGUGGCCAAGGAUGGAAAGGAGACUUCUGUGAAAUAGAUAUUGACGAGUGUCUACAGAACGUUUGUAUGAAUGAUGCCACAUGUGUAAACAAACCAGGAGGUUAUGAAUGUGUUUGUCCACCUGGUUUUACUGGAACAGGAUGUACAUUUGAUGUCAAUGAAUGCAAUGAGUUUAUUGGAAUUUGUCAAAAUGGUGGACAGUGUGUCAACACAAUUGGAAGUUAUAGAUGUCAAUGUCCUCUGGGCUGGCAAGGAACUAACUGUACAGUGGAUAUUGACGAAUGUUUGAUUGCUAACCCUUGUCUGAAUGGAGCUACUUGUAGUAAUACACCUGGGCUGUAUGAAUGUCUAUGUGCACCAGGAUGGACAGGUCAAAAGUGUCAACUGGAUAUAAAUGAGUGUAUAGAUACCAAUAUUUGUUUAAAUGGUGGUUAUUGUAUGAACACACAGGGAUCCUACCAGUGUCAAUGUGCUCCCGGAUGGACAGGCCCUACCUGUUCUAUAGAUAUUGAUGAGUGUUUACAGACGCCAUGUCUAAAUCUGGCUAUCUGUACCAAUACACCAGGGUCAUACCAAUGUCAAUGCCCUCCAGGAUUCACAGGACCUAACUGUGGAAUAAACAUCAACGAAUGCCUGGCUAACCCCUGUUUGUUUGGAGGUACCUGUAUAGAUACUAUUGGAUCCUAUGUUUGUCAGUGUCCACCUGGCAGGGGAGGUCUCAACUGUAAAAAUGAUACUGAUGAGUGUGUAUCUAAUCCAUGUUUCAAUGGAGGAACGUGUGAGAACUUGGAAGGAUCAUACAGGUGUAUCUGUCCCAAAGGCUAUACUGGAACCAGAUGUGAAGGAAAUGUGAAUGAAUGUUUAACCAUCCCUUGUAAAAAUGGUGGAACCUGUUUUGAUAAUGUAGGAUCCUUUUCAUGUAUAUGUGCUCCAGGCUGGGAAGGUCCAGAGUGUACAGUUGAUAUAGAUGAAUGUAUAAGGUUCAGUCCAUGUCAGAACGGAGCUCAGUGUACCAACACACUUGGGUCAUACACCUGUUCUUGUCCAGCAGGAUGGACUGGUCCUAACUGUGAUAUAGAUAUAAAUGAGUGUUUUAACAACCCCUGCUUGAAUGGAGGUACUUGUGUGAACAACUUAGGAUCCUAUCAGUGUAUAUGUCCACCAGACUACACUGGACCUAACUGUGAAAUCAAUAUAUUGACCGGAUUCCAAUACAACUUCAAAGUUUUAAAUACAUCAUGGACCCCACAACUGAUGAACAACAGAAGUUCAGAGUAUAUCAUGCAAGCUGCAUCUUUCUGUGCAGAUGUUAACAGAAUUAUUCGUCAGUAUCCCAAUUUGUUCCCUAAUUUCAAAGAAUGCAAAGUGACUGAGUUUAUACGAGAUGUUCAGACUGGGAACGUUGGUAGUGUAAACUGGGAGGCCGUGUUCACAGGAGACCAGAAUCAAGGACUAUCGCAAACACUCAAGGACACCCUGUUUAGUGAACUACCGCAAGAAAUAUGGGGCAAUUCCAAAGCUAUAAGAAUAGGAAACAUGUUGAUUUAUCUUAUGGACUAUGAGACAACUAGAGCACAGCUUGACCUACAGGCAUUAAACUUGACUUGGAACAAUGAUUUGUUGAAUCCAAACUCAUUUUAUUUCAAGUCCUACUCACAAGCUAUUUGUGCUGAUAUUGAUCGACUCAUGCAGCAAUUCAAAGGCCAGUUCCCAGGUUACACUGGAUGUAGAGUCACAGCAUUUGGAAAUAAUCCAACUACAGCAUCAAUUGAUCUGACAUUUGAAGGUCAACAUUUCAACCUUCAAGACAGAAUUAUGAACCUGUUUAAAACUCAACUUCCUGAAGUUCGUUACCAGAAUUUCCUUGGAUAUGUCCUUGGAAAUCUAUUGUUCUUCAAAGACUUCUUCACAGACUUUACUGCAGUGCCCUUGACCUUCAGAGUACUCAAUUUAACAUGGGACCAACAACUUCUGAAUAAAAAUUCUGGAAUGUUCCAAGGUCAUGCCAAACUGUUCUGUGCAGAUGUUGACAAUUUAUUGAAGAGACAUCCAUCACUAUUCCCUGACUAUGAAAGCUGCUCAAUAAAAGAGUUUGGGAAUAACCCAGUAACCAUAACAAUGGAACUACAGUUUGGUGGUUCCAAUAAGAACGUUCAACAGUUACAACAGAAUGUUGCUGGUAUGAUGUUUGAAGACUUCCCUAGAUAUCGCUACAUGAACAGUAUUGGUCAUCUUGUAGGAGAUCUAAUUGUCUUCUAUGAUACAUGGGAGUAUAUUCUGCAUGAUGCCUGGUUAUCAAACAUCACCUACUAUGUAUACAGUCUUCCACAAGCUGAACAACAUCUCAACAAGGACUCCUCAGAAUUCAAAGAAUUUGAGACUAAUUUCUGUAAUGAUAUUAAUAACUUUUUCAAAAACAGCGUGUUGCAACAGAGAUAUUACCGAUGUUUCUUUGAUCACAUAGCUCCAGGCAGCCCAGACUAUACACUGACCUUCAGUCUGGUAUUCAAUGGUACAGAUGAAAUCCAACAGGAACUAGUUACCAAUGCUAUAACCAGUCAGGCAGACACUUAUCCCAUACAGAACAGAGACAUGAUGUUUAUUGGAAACAACCUCGUCUACUCUGGAGGUGGAUUUGAUAACAUUGCCAUCAAUAUAUCAGAUUAUCUACUUGGACCUGUAGGACCCACACCUAGUCCAGUGAAGACAGUUUACAACAUGUCCUUUGUGUUGCUGAACUUUGAUUACAAUUCUCAGCUGUCCAAUCCUAACUCAGCUCAAUUCCAAAUGCUGGCAAACAGAUUCUGUAAAGCAUUAAAUGAAACAUAUGGACCAGUAACAGAUGCAUCAGGGAGACUGGUUCCAAGAGAAUCUUUUAAAGAUUAUGAAAACUGUGAAGUCAAAGCAUUUACGAGAGAUUCAUCUGGAGUUGACAAGGUCAAUUUCAUCCUGACCUUCAGUGGUGAACAAGAUUCAACGUUAGUUACCUUGAUAAAGGGAUUGUUGAUAGAGAAUGCUCCCAGAGAAACAGUCAAUGGUCAAAUUACACUGCAUGUUGGUGGCCUGUAUGUGUUUGAGAGUGACUUAGCUAUUGAACAGGCUACUGUUUCUGCCACAAGUCCUGGAUCAGGUUCAACCGGUCCCACUGCUACAGUACCUCAAACCUUUCCAACAGAGCCAGUCACAACAACAACGUCAACGCCUACGGAUCCUUGCAAGCCUGAUAAACACAACGAGUAUUUCGCUGUUCCUGGAGAUUGUAAUAGUUUCUAUGUAUGUUCUUUUGGAACAACAUACAAAUUUAGAUGUGCUGGUACCACGGUUUUCUAUGCACUGAAGAAUGCAUGUGAUAUAAACGAUGGCACUAUACAGUGCUAGAAACCAAACUUCAAAACUAUAUUAUUAAAGUACUAUACAGUGAUAGAAACAAUUCUAUUACAUUUAAGUACUUAACAGUGCAUGUGAUAGAAAAAAAAUGCAUUUCAGUACUAUACAGCGCUAGAAAUGAUAAUAUAUCAUUUAUUCAUUCAUUCAUUCAUUCAUAUCUUUAUUUCCUCUAUUAAGAGAUUCAAUGAACAAUCAUAUAUGCAAACAGAUCAAAUCAGAUAAGUUUUCAAAACAUGAUAAUAACACAAUAUGAUAUUACAAUAUGUACAAAACAAAAUAAAGUUCUGUGCUAAUAUAUAUAACUGAAGAAAAAUUUUACAAAAUUUGCUCUCACUAACGACGGUUCAUGCACUUGCACAUUAACGAAUCGUUGUUCUCCUUAAUCUACUAUAUGCAGCGACACAGUAUGCAACGUGCACAUGACAAGUCUUUGGAAAACUGUCGGUGUCUAUCUUGUUUGUUGUUACGUGCUUGCCCAAAAAAAUAAAGUUCCACAAAUAAAUGCAAUGGAUUUUUUUCAAUUAUGAACUCCCACCACGAUCUCUGAUUAAAUGAGUUCCGCUACAGCUACAACAUGCAUGUACAUAUACAUCUAAAAACUGAGUGUUACAUAAAUCGCAUGAACAUCCAGUGGUUUUUGGAAUUACGGUUAGUAGUUUUGGAAUAUCAUAGGCGUUUACGAUUUCUCUGGAUGAUUUAGAACUUUUCCAGAAUUCUGGAACUCUAACCGAGGUGAACACUUCUAAAGCGAGAAAAGUUACUAUCGUUAUGUAAACGACGAGACCAUUCGUCAGUUUGUUCUUUGUCAACUGUAGUAAAAUCUUGCUUUUAUUUAUGCAAUAGUAUGUCUAAAUGGUUUUUUUGGAAA